AGCCAUGGGGGUGUUGAUGUCCAAGCGGCAGACAGUGGAGCAGGUACAGAAGGUGAGCCUGGCCGUGUCUGCUUUCAAGGAUGGGCUGCGGGACAGGCCUUCCAACCAGCGCACAGGUGAGCUUCCAGGGUCCCACCAUGACACUGUAGAGGGCUCUGUCCAGGAGGUGCAGGAGGAGAAAGAAGCAGAGGCAAGCACCUCCGUGCUCCAAGAAGAGAGCAGCAUCAACCGUGCAGCCUGGGAGAGGCUCCGAGAUGGGCGUGGAGUGGAACCUGAGGAGUUUGACAGGAACAAUCGUUUUACCCCUCCUGCCUUCAUCCGCCCUACCCGGAAGCUGGAUGAUGACAAGCCUCCAGAUAUCUGCUUGGAACCCAGAGAGCCUGUCGUCAGUGAUGAGAUGUGCGAUGUCUGUGAGGUCUGGACGGCCGAGAGCCUCUUCCCAUGCAGGGUCUGCACCAGGGUUUUUCAUGAUGGCUGCCUGCGUCGCAUGGGCUACAUCCAAGGAGACGGUGCAGCAGAGGUGACCGAGAUGGCACACACGGAAACAGGCUGGAGCUGCCACUACUGUAACAAUCUCAACUUGCUGCUAACUGAGGAGGAGAUGUAUAGCCUCACAGAGACCUUUCAGCAGUGUAAAGUCAUCCCUGAUUGCUCUCUGACGCGGGAGGACUUCCUGCGCUACCGCCACCAAGCAGCAAAGCGGGGGGACAGUGACAGGGCUUUAAGCGAGGAGCAAGAGGAGCAGGCAGCCCACCAGUUUGCAGCCCUGGACCCUGAACAUCGAGGACACAUAGAGUGGCCUGACUUCUUGUCCCAUGAGUCCCUCCUACUUCUGCAGCAAUUGCGUCCCCAGAACUCUCUGUUAAGGCUUCUGACAGUCAAGGAGCGGGAGCGAGCCCGGGCCACCUUCCUGGCCUGGGGCAGUGGGAGCGCCAUCAGUGAGGCAGAGUGCCACCGUGCACGGCACUCCUGGUUCCACAAACACCUCCCAGAGGCUCCUUCCUCCAGCGUCAGCAUCAGCCAUGUGGGUCCCAUAGCAGACAGCAGCCCAGCCAGCAGCAGCAGCAAGAGUCAGGACAAGGCCCUGAUGCCCACAGAGCGUGAAUCCAGAUCUGUGGACUGGCCUACCUUCCUGCGGGAGAAUGUCAUCUACAUCUUGGCUGCCCGCCCGAACAGCUCAGCCAUUCACCUGAAACCCCCAGGAUAGCAUGGAGCAGAGAAGCUGAAUUCUGGGACAGUGGCGUUCUCUCCUUUUCCCUUCUCCCUCUCCCCCACCAACCUCUGGUACUGA